GUUAUCGCGUGCUUGCGGAUAUGCUCUAGAAGAAGCUGACGAAAAGUUUUUUUCGGUUUGUGAUUUAAGCUUAAUUUGUUCCGUAGACACCCAGGUCUCAGUCUCUUCCUAUAAACGAACGAUUCUGAUCAUUGUUGUAGCUUAAAGUAAGAGCCUUUAAGCAGCCAUGGCUGCACCCAAGACGAGGGCCAGCAGUUUCUCGAGGAACGUACCAUCUACAGCUGCGUCUCAGGUGCCAGGAGUGAAGAGUGGGCCGAAUGGGACUCUCUUUUUGUCCUCUGGAAUAUCGGACCUUGACAAAAUAUUAGGGGGUGGCUUUCCUCUUGGAAGUUUGGUUGUUGUCAUGGAAGACCCAGAGGCACCGCAUCAUAUGCUUUUGUUGAGGAAUUUUAUGUCUCAAGGACUUGUUCACAAUCAACCCCUUUUGUACGCAAGUCCUGCCAAAGACCCAAGAGGGUUUCUGGGUACUUUGCCUAGUCCUGCAUCGUCUAAAGAAGAUAAGCCGCUCGACCGUGAUUCUGAACAGGAGAAAGGCUUGCGGAUUGCUUGGCAGUACAAAAAGUAUUUUGGAGAAAAUCAGCCGAAUUCAAAUAGCCAAAGAGAUAAUAAGUUCGAGUUCUGCAAUGAGUUUGAUUUGCGGAAGCCCUUGCAAAGGCAGUUUCUCAGUGGACAACGCAUAGAGUGUAUAAGCACUCAAGAUUCUCCAGAUCUUGCUGCUCUCCAUGAUCGUUGUGCAACAUUUCUAAGACAGUUUUGCAGAACCGAUGGCAACAUUUCGGGUGCUGGCCGCAUUGCAAUCCAAUCUUUUUGUGCCCCGCAAUGUACAUAUUUUGACCAGGAAUGGCAUGUUCUUUCAUUCAUAAGAUCACUGAGAAGCAUGAUUAGGUCUUCGAAUGCAGUUGUAAUUCUGUCCUUCCCACCGUCCCUACUUUCUCCCUCUUUCUCUAAAAGAUUGCAGCAUAUGGCAGAUACAUUGCUCUCAGUCAGAGCGAUCCCAGAUGAGGACAAAGACUUGGCAAAACUUCUCACAGGCUACCAAGACAUGAUUGGACUUCUCAGUGUACACAAAGUAGCACGUAUUAAUACACAGGUUCCUAUCAUUCUUGAGGCAGCGACGUUCUCCAUAAAGUUGCAAAAGCGCAAGUUUUUGGUGCUUGAAUGUCUGAAUCAAGCUCCUGUUGAUGGUUCAAGUGGCACGUCAUAUGCUACUUCUGGGAGCUGUUCUGGUUCUUCUAAGGGCGGGUCCCUCGACUUUUAGCCUGUAUCAGCACAUAGAGAAGCCACAUAACGUCGAGAGAUUGGCGGAAUUUUAGCAUGUCCUGGAAGCAAAGACGUCCAUUUUUGGCUGGCACCGGCAGAGCCAUUCGUCUUUUGUGUUCAAUUAAUCUCUCUUUCCCGGUCAGACAUUCGUUUACCGUUGCAAAGUUGAAUUAGAAAUUAGAAGCAAGAUCGUCGCAAUGUUUUCUGCGUGGUAGAAUGAGUACUGUCAGGAUAUUUUUUCCUAAGUUUUGUACUGUUAUGUAGCUAGAUUCAAUUCUAUUUACCUCUCACGUACUAUUAA